AUGCUCUGCCGCGGGGGAACCGCGUUACUUUGUCUCGGUAUCCUUGUGUUCAGCUGGGCAGAGGCUGUCAUAAGUAAUGCCAAGCCUUGUUCAUCUAAGGGCACAAGGAAUGUUGGAGCUAUGGAAGAACCGCUCAAGGCAGAAGAGAAAAAUAAAUCUGCAGAUAUUUCAAAUCAAAAAGAACAAUGCCUUGUACCAUGUGAUGUUCAAGCUAAAAUUUUACGAGGGGAAAAACAUUACAUGUGCAGAAAUUUGCAGAACUCCCUAGUUGAAUAUGCAAGAAGUACAAAAAAAAUGAUAAGAAACAUGAUGGAUGAUCAACAGUCUUCUUUGGAUUACCUUUCUAACCAGGUGAAUGAACUCAUGAACAGACUACUUCUUUUGAACACGGAAGUUUUAAGAAAGCAUUUAGAUACACUUCCUUACAAAACAGUUCAAUCCCAUGGACUGGAUUGCACUGAUAUUAAAGAUACUGUAGGUUCCGUUUCAAAAACUCCAAGUGGUCUGUACAUUAUCCAUCCAGAGGGAUCAAAUCACCCUUUUGAGGUUUUGUGUGACAUGGAUUUUCAAGGAGGCGGAUGGACUGUGAUUCAAAAAAGAACGGAUGGAAUCAUUGAAUUUCAGAGAACAUGGUCUGAAUAUCUGGAUGGAUUUGGUGACCUCUCUGGGGAAUUUUGGCUUGGACUGAGGAAGAUUUUUCAUAUAGUAAAUCAAAAAGCAACUAGUUUCAGCCUUCAUAUAGAUUUGGAAUCUGAAAAUGAGAAGCAUGCUUAUGCAUCUUAUGAUGGAUUUUGGAUAGAGGAUGAAGCAUGUUCUUUUAAAAUCCAUUUAGGGCGUUAUUCAGGAAAUGCUGGUGAUGCAUUUAGAGGGUACAAAAAAGAAGAUAAUCAGAAUUCAAUGCCUUUCAGCACAUUUGAUGUUGAUAAUGAUGGAUGUAGGCCRAUGUGCACUAUUAAAGAACAACCUGUAAGAAGCUGCAGUAACUUCAGUGAUAAAACAGGAUGGUGGUUCAACCAGUGUGGCCUUGCAAAUCUUAAUGGUAUUCAUCGCUACACAGGCAGAUUUCUUGCAACUGGGAUUCACUGGGAUACAUGGACAAUGAACAAUAAACCAAUCAAAAUUAAAUCAGUUUCAAUGAAAAUUCGGAGAACCUUUAAUCCAUAUUUCAAUUAGCCUAUGGAAAUGGAAAUAUAUCUCUUGCAGUUAUGUGGGAUAUUGGGUCAGGGUAACUUUAGUGCCUUUCAUUUUCAGUUAAAUAGUUCAGUUUUAAAACUUUAUUAGCUAUUCCCAUAACAGAUGUUCAUUUUGAUUAUGACACGUCAGCAUAGGUGGUAUGUAGUGUUCCCACUUGAAUGAGAAGGGCAAAAGAAUAGAGUUUGGGAACAAGGAUGAAGCCUAGAGUGUUUGACAGCUUUUAUCCAGCUGCUUCUUAUGCUGAAAGCACUUGGAAAAAGUGUAACAAAAAUAACACUUGAUAUCACACUAAAAAUGUGAAUAAUGCUGGCUUUGAACGUGUUUUCUCUAAGCUGUCUGCACAUCUGAAUUGCCAAGAAAUUGCAGAAGUUUAAAAAGUCAUAUAUCUGCUGUUUCUGUCAUUAUAUUUUACAUAAAUAACUAUUCUUUARCUUAAUUUUACAGAAUGAAAGAAUAUAUUCUUUCUGUACUCCUCAGGCUAGACACACUGGCUUACGUCAGCACAUAUGUAAGGUUCUGUAUAUUCUCAGGGCCUGAUUUUUAACAUGGUGYACACUUACAUACAAGAACUAUGAUCUAUUUUGUACUAAGAUUUCAUAACAAAUGUGUUUUUCUCCUUUUUUUUUUUUCUGUAUGAUUUAGAUUUGCCUUUUACACAAUUCACUAAAAAGGAUCACAUUUCCAAAGAAAAUAUGUAAAUAUUUCAGAUAACCUUUGGAAUUCUAAUUUUUAGAAAAACAGACCUGAUCUUGUGUUCUUCAUCCUGAUUGCCAUUCACUUUGUGAAUGUUCAUUUAGAAAUYGGUAGAAGACUGAACUUAAGACA